CAACAACAACAACAUCUCUUUUGAUUUGUGUCCCUUCAACGACGUGUCUUUAUUUCCACAACUUGGCCGGAGAGCUGAACAGAGAGGGCAGAGGUUUGGCCAAGGCUGGGGACUGAUCCCUCAAAGGAGGUGGAUACUGAAGGACUCGAAGCGCCUUGGGAGUUGGGUGGCCAUGGCAGCAGCAGGAGCAAGGAAGCCCUUCCCGCCUUUUUCUCCUCGCCUUGACUGAGAGCAAUCCACGCACGAGAAGUCCCUUCCUUCCCCUCAGAGUCACAGGAGCGGCCGCCUUUGGGAAAGUUUCCCCCUUCUCUCCCUCCGCCCGAAAGAGGAGAGGCAAAGGAAGGAAGGAGGGAGGGAGGGAGGGAGGAGUGUGUCCUCGGGCUGCCCAGCAUGGGAGACGGCUCUCCGCCGGAGCCCAGCCGAGCCAGCCACCCCUCUCCCGCCGUGGCCGCCUCCGCAGAAGCCGAAGCCAUCGAGGUCCUGGGCGCCGAGGAUGGGCUGCCCAUGGCUGCUGAGGACAAUGAUAGAGUUGGAAGGAACCAAAGUUCAUCUUCUCCAACCUGCUGCCCAAAGGCAAAGCUGCCCAACCACCAACCCCUCACAGAGCAACCUUUGCUGUCCAGAACACUAUGUGACACAAGCAGAGGGCAGAAGCACACAAGAAAGCAUUGGAAAGCUCUGUUUGAUCAGUUUGACCCUGAAAACACUGGCUAUAUAAGCACAGAAAAGUUUCGAAACCUUCUCCAAAGAUACGGCUCUGAGCUGGAUCCACAUAAACUGGAAGUGCUUUUGGCCUUGGCAGACAACAAUUCUGAAGGGAAGAUAUGCUACCAAGACUUUGUCAACUUGAUGAGUAACAAAAGGUCCAACAGCUUUCGCCAAGCCAUUUUGCAAGGGAACAGGAGGCUGUGCAGCAAGGCACUGCUGGAGGAGACAGGACUUAGCCUUUCACAGCGGCUCAUUCGGCACGUAGCAUAUGAAACUUUGCCACGUGAGAUAGACCGGAAGUGGUACUAUGACAGCUACACCUGCUGCCCUCCACCUUGGUUCAUGAUUGCCAUUACCAUUGUAGAGGUUGCCUUCUUUCUUUACAAUGGAGUGGUCCUGGACAGGUUUGUGUUGCAAGUCACCCACCCCUUAUAUCUGAAGAACUCAUUGUUAUAUCAUCCUCAGCUCCGUGCUCAGGCCUGGAGGUACCUCACAUACAUAUUCAUGCAUGCAGGGAUAGAGCACCUUGGACUCAACGUAGUUCUUCAACUUCUAGUUGGAGUCCCCCUUGAAAUGGUACAUGGUGCUGCAAGGAUUGGAUUUGUCUACAUUGCUGGAGUUUUAGCAGGUUCCUUGGCGGUGUCUAUUGCUGAUAUGACUGCACCAGUUGUGGGCUCCUCUGGAGGAGUGUAUGCGCUCGUUUCCGCCCACCUAGCAAACAUAGUAAUGAAUUGGUCUGGAAUGAAGUGCCAAUUCAAGCUGUUGCGCAUGGCUGUUGCCUUGAUCUGUAUGAGCUUUGAAUUUGGACGCGCUGUGUGGUUGAGGUUCUACCCAUCUGCUUAUCCUCCGUGCCCACACCCAAGUUUUGUUGCACACCUUGGUGGGGUGGCUGUUGGAAUCACCCUUGGUGUGGUCAUCCUAAGGAACUAUGAGCAGAGACUCCAAGACCAGUCCUUGUGGUGGAUCUUCAUUUCCAUGUAUGUGGUGUUUGUACUCUUUGCCAUAUUCUGGAACAUUUUUGCCUAUAGCCUCUUGGACUUGAAACUACCUCCACCUCCUUGAGAGCCUAGACUGAGGAACUUUCAAGGACAAAUGGAUGACUUCUCAUCUGCCAGCUCCACUGGAGGUCAAAUGAAACCUGAGGAUUUAUUUUUGUAUGAAGAUUAUAAGAUAUAAGCAAAUUCAUCUUCUGGAAAGGCACACGUUGAGAAGGCCCAGGUGAAGAGUGAUCAUACUACUGAAACAAACAUGACUUGUUGACUCAAACAAUGACUUGUCAAUUGUAACUUGCUAAGAAGAUAUGUGGACAUGCCAAUUUGCAGGUAUCACAAUACUUCAUUAGAGCUAGGCAUUAUAUCCCUUGCUCACAAAGUUAGUUUGGUGCUGAUUUCAUGAGAAAGGGCUGAUGAUGAAGCUCUCAAUUUAUGUAAGUGGGCGCUUCUUCCCAUCACACAUAUUGGUGAAUGUUUAUGCACAUGGUGAAUUUCUGCCUUCAUUUUCCCAGGUUAACCUUUGCUUCUGCAAUUCAAAGCUUUAUGGGCCAAGGGAAGACCCAUUUCUUUCUUUAACUAAUAAGAAACUCUGAAGGGACACUUGGCCCAGGCUGCUUGGUUUGCUCUUAAUUGAUAGGUCAGGCAGUUCAUAUACAGUUGCUAAUGUCCAGUGAACUUAAAGAAUGUAACCUAUAGAAAAUUCUAGAUGCUUUGAUAUACAGUUGGCCCUCUUUAUCCAUGGAUUCUGCAGCCAUGGAUUCAACUAUCCAUGGCUUGAAUAUAUUCCACACACACAAAAGAAAGAAAUUCCAAAAUGGGAAUUUUGAUUUUGCCAUUUUAUAUACGAAACACCAUUUUAUUAUGCCAUUGUAUAUAAUGGGAUUUGAACAUCCAUGGAUUUUGCUAUUCACGGAGGGAUCUGGAAGCAAAAUCCGGCCAAUCACAAGGGCCCACUGUAUAUAGGUUCACAAAUAGUCCAUGACAGUAGCUACUUUUCAGUUAAAGGACAAACCAAAUGGUAACAAAAAAACUAAAGGUGCUUUGACCAGAUUUCUAAAUAUAACUGCAUACAUUACUUAA